AUGGGAGGAGCCUACAAUGCUUUUCUGCAAACUACACUACCUGAGAAUCUUCGGAUUUAUGAUCCGACGAAAGAAAUAAGGGAGUCGGCUCAUAAAAUUUUCAUCUUCGUGUUCCCUUGUGGGUUUGCAUUCGAGAUACUUCAUGUCUACAGCGGUCCACCAACAAUUGUGUACAAGUUUGGGCACUGGGCUUUUAUGGAAGGCCCUUUCAAAGGACUUUCUCCUAUUGGAAGGUUGAACUUUUUGGGAUUUCAAUCCUUAAGGUACCUGCAUUACCCUUCUUUAAUUUUCCUUCAAUUAAUGCAUAUUGAUGAAGACAUGAAAAUUGAAAAUGUAGAAUUUUUCUAUGACGGAAACGCAUUGUUGGCAGGCUUUCUCAACGGUGGACUGAGGGACGAUUACUUAACGGCUUCUACUGGUUGCCCUUUCAUGAGCACUAAAUAA